CUGUUACCGUAAUCCCAGGUCAGUCUGUGAUCGUUGGAGAAAGUAUAUUACGGCCGUCCAAGUGAAGAGACUAAACACUGUCGAACUUACGUCUCUACCAUACCUUUAUUCUGUCACGAACGUCCCAACAGCGCAUUGGAUAUACUGAAAAGUUCAGCGACAAUAAAUAGCAACAGCAUCAUGAGAUUUUUAGUAACGGGCUCGUUCCUAUUGGUCGCGCUCGUCGUGCACGCGACGACUACGGAGGAAUGGUCAUGGGGCAAGGACAAGGCUAAAAACAAAGAGCAGAGCGUUACAUCCUCGGACUCCGGAGUAGCCGCGGACCGUGAAAGCAAGUCGAUAGAUUCGUAUUCGGCGUCCAACGACGACGGAAGCCAAGAAGUCGAAGUGUCGCCCGCCAACAGCACGGACACGCAGGGAAGACAUCUCAUCAGAGACAGACUUUGCGGCUUGGGUCUGAUGGAGUGCGACGACGACGAGUUGGUAGAACCCAAACGGUAUAUCGGUCCUCAGGAUUUGAUUUACGCGCAGCCCGUGUCGCUGAAACCGGUUGGACGUCCCAUCGCCGCCAUACCAGUCAAGUCGACCGGAUCACCGCUGUCAUCCGUCGGAUACGGCCCACCACGUCCCGUCCCAUACCCUGGAAGUUCGUCCUCUUAUGGUAGCGGCCCAUCGUCGUCGUACGGUAACGGCCCACCGUCAUCGUACGGCAGCGGCGGCCCGUCUUCGUUCGGCGUCGGCCCACCUAUACGUAACCGACCCGGCCCUGUGUACGGCAUCAGCAGCCGACCUCCACAGGUGUUCGAAUCCGAAGCCGCAGAGUCCUACCGGCCCAAGCAACCAAUCGUGAGCGGCGUGCCCUCCGUAACCUUGCCGGCCGGCGGCCUACAGCAGCACGUCCACCAUCACUACCACCACAGCGACGGCGUAGACGGAAUCAAAGCCGCGUCGUCUGUCGUUGACUCGGGAUUCGGGCCAAUCAGUGGCCCAAUCGGUGGCUCGCUUUACGGAGGCAGCGACGGUUCUCCAUCAUUGUACGGUCAAAGCAGCACCUUGUCCAACAGCUACGGCGGCAGCUUCGACAACUACGAAACUCCGGGUGGCCCACUUUACAAAAAACAGCUCAACAUCAACGCACCACCACAGUCAAAUUCCUUAAACGGACCAUACGCCGGUGACCGGUACCCGUCCUACGAAACGCCAAGAGCUGACAACUACGGAUGUUAUUGCGUACCGUACGAUCAGUGUCUGCCGCAUGAAGUCGCUCGCAAGGAGGACGGUAUCGCGGGUAUCGACCCGAGGAACUUACACCAACAAGGCAAGACCGACAUCGAAGCCAUCGGGCUAGAUGAGGUGGUAGUCACUGACGGCAAUGGUACCAUCGUGUCGCACCACAAACCGACCGCUGACGUGGCCACCGACAAGCAGGCCAAGGCACGCCGGCGCAGGGACGCCCCGCAGAGCAAACAAGACGCAGAACCGCGAAAAUUCGGGGGUCUACUCGGGGGCAGUUCAGGAGGAGGCGGAGCCGUGAACGAGGACUCUGACGACACCGGAAGUUCCGGCGUCAAAGUCCGACCCACAUUUGGAGUAUCUUUUGGACUACCUUCCGGCGGCGGUGGCGGCGGUUCCCCCUAUCCAAUCAGCCCCUAUGGUCCCAAUCCCUCGGUAAACCCGUAUGGUCAUUCCCUGGGAGGUGGUAACGGCCUUAACCUGGGCUUGGUCAGCGUUAAUCCACUAUUAUCGUUACAAGUCAGCAAAGACGAAUACGGAGAGAAAAUUGUCAAGCCCUGGGUGAACCUACACGUGACACCCAACGCGGGUCUAGUACACAAAGUCGGUGAUAUCGUGCAUAAACUCAAAUCACCACACUAUUACGGUGGUGGUUAUGGGCACCACGAGUACCCUCCUUCAUACCUUCAUCAACACAACCAUUACCACGUGCAACCUCCACCUCCACCACCUCCAUACUAUCACGGCAGCCCUUCAUAUCACGGCCCACCCAAACCAUUCUAUCAUUCCAAACCAUAUUACGGUGGUGGAUACGGAGGGGGCAGUUAUGACGGAGGUUAUGAAAGUAAUGGUUAUAGUAAUGGUGGUUAUGCACCCGAUUAUCACUCGUACAGAAACGAAGAAUAUGACAACCAGGGUGAUUAUGGUUCAUCAGGUCCAGGUGAUUAUGGUUCAUCAGCUCCCGGUGAUUAUUACGGCCAGCAGCACGACGAUUUCGAUUCGGACUCCUACUAUAGAAGUUCAAACAUAACCGGUAGUAAUAACAAUGGUAACAACAACGGUGGGUACAAUAGCCAUGACGAAUCGUCGUCGUUCGGCGCCGCGGGUAGUCCAAAAGUAUCUUUUCCCAACGACCGUCAGUCCACGGGGUCCGUUAAGUUCGUAGGUGGCGGCCAACGGCACAAAAGAGAUGUGGAAGAGCGUCAGUCAUCGUAUUCGGCUAGCGGCCGUUGCGGACCCAGACAAGUUUGCUGCAGACGACCGCCCGCACCGCCCAUCCACUCAGGUUCGUCUUCCAACUACGUCAGCGCCGGACAGUGCGGUAAGAGGAACACACACGGAAUCACCGGAAGGAUCAAGACACCGGCAUACGUGGACGGAGAUAGCGAGUUCGGUGAAUACCCGUGGCAAGUGGCCAUCCUCAAGAAGGACCCUCAGGAAAGCGUAUACGUCUGUGGCGGUACCCUGAUCGAUUCGUUGCACGUGCUCACUGCCGCCCACUGCAUCAAGACAUACCAUGAACAAGACUUGCGCGUUCGUCUGGGCGAAUGGGACGUAAACCAUGACGUGGAAUUCUACCCGUAUGUAGAAACAGACGUUGUCAACAUGGUUAUACACCGCGAGUUCUACGCAGGCACGUUGUACAAUGACCUGGCCAUACUCCGCAUGGACAAGCCAGUCGACUUUGCCCGAAACCCACACGUAAGCCCAGCCUGCUUGCCGGACGCGUUCUCUGACUUCACCGGACAACGGUGCUGGACGACCGGCUGGGGCAAAGACGCAUUUGGCGAUUACGGAAAAUACCAAAAUAUCCUCAAAGAAGUGGACGUUCCAGUGAUUUCUAACCGCCAGUGCGAAACGCAAUUGCAGCAAACUCGCCUUGGGUACGACUUCAAAUUGCACAACGGUUUCUUAUGUGCAGGUGGAGAAGAAGGAAAAGACGCUUGCAAGGGUGACGGUGGUGGUCCAUUGGUCUGUGAGCGCGCCGGUUCGUGGUACUUAGUCGGAAUCGUCAGCUGGGGCGUGGGAUGCGGUCAGCCUGGUGUCCCCGGCGUCUAUGUAAAGGUAUCUCACUACCUGGACUGGAUCAGACAAAUCACCAACAAAUACUAGAAUGAACGACGAAUCCAAGCGGAUUAUUAUUAUUAUUUUUUAAAUUAUUUAUUUUAAAUGUAUUAGUAUGCUUUACUAUAUUUUAUGGAAUUGUCGUGUCGAACAAAGAAAUUGAUUUUUUUACCCCAUGUUAGAUAUUUUACUCUAUUAAUAUUUAUUAAUUGUAUGUAGAAAGAUUCCUGUGUAAUAUACACACCGUAAGUGUAUUGCAUAAUAUUGUAUUGUAUAAUGUAUUAGUAGUUUGUUUCGAACAAUAUUCGUAAACUCGACAAUGUCGAGAAGACUGAUAGGGUUGUUUUUAUGAUUUAAACGGAGGAAUCUGAAAUUCUUGAUAAAUUAAAUAAAAUAUAAAUUAAUUUCAUUCGAAAACAUAACUAUUGUAUCUUGUAUGUUUUCUUCAAUACGAACCCCAGUAUAUUAUACUCAUGCGUGUUAUUAUAGUAAGUUACCAUUGAUUUUUCUACAUUAUAUUAUUAUUAUUUCACCACUUAAAACUAUGUAAGUAUUGUGCCACAGUGGUAGAAUAUAAGUAAAUAAUUAUAUUAUGUAUCUGUUUUUACACUAAUUAUGUACCUAUAAUGUUAUAAACUUUAAGUAUUAAUUGUUUAACAUAAUAAUAUUAUAUUGUAUUAUACAAAAAAUACUUAUGAUAAGACAACACCUACAACCAAUACUUGUAAAUAAAAAAUAACUUGUGCUCUUAACAUCUGUAUAAGUAAACGUUGUAUCUAUAAUACAUAUCAUUAUAGAAAUAAGUUUCUAUU